AUGCCCUUCGGGCUGAAAAACAUAGGAGCAACAUACCAGAGGUUGAUGAACAAGAUAUUCCACGACCUCAUAAGCAAGACUGUAGAGGUCUGUGUGGACGACAUCUUCGCAAAGACAACGCGACCUGAUGACCUCCUGAAUGACCUGGCAAAUGUAUUCGCCUCACUCCGACAACAUGGCAUGAGACUCAAUUCCCUCAAAUGUUCCUUCGCUAUGGAAGCUGGAAAGUUCCUAGGAUUCAUGAUAACCCAAAGAGGGGUAGAAGCUAACCCGGAGAAAUGCCAAGCGAUUCUCCAGAUGAAGAGCCCGGGUUGUAUCAAGGACGUCCAGAGAUUGGCAGGACGACUGACCUCGCUAUCCCGUUUUCUCAGAGCCUCGGCAGCAAAGGCCCUGCCUUUCUUUAACCUCAUGAAGAAAGGGAUAGCGUUUGAAUGGACGCCCGCGUGCGAGGAAACUUUUAGGCAUUUCAAGAAAAUCCUGGCGGCACCCCCGGUUCUCGGAAAACCAAACGUCGGGGAGCCGCUGUACCUGUACCUCGCCAUAACAGGAGAAGCCCUGGCCGGGGUUCUGGUAAGAGAAGAAGGGAGGGCUCAACAACCGGUCUAUUUCAUGAGCAGAGCCUUACAAGGGGCAGAAUUAAGGUACAGCAAAUUGAAAAAGCUAGUUCUAGCACUCUUGACCUUUUCACGGAGGUUAAAACAAUACUUCCAAAGUCACCGGAUAGUCGUAAGAACGGACCAAGGGAUCCGACAAGUGCUACAAAAACCCGACCUGGCGGGAAGGAUGAUGACUUGGUCCAUCAAACUUUCCCAAUAUGACAUAUGGUACGAGCCCCGGCAAGCAAUCAAGGCGCAAGCAAUGGCAGAUUUUCUAGUAGAAGUAACGGGAGAUCCAACCGAAGAAACGAGCGCACGGUGGAAGCUCCACGUAGACGGAGCCUCCCACCAGACCUCUGGGGGCGCCGGGAUCAUCCUGGAAAGCCCGGUUGGAGUCGUAUACGAGCAGUCGAUCAGGUUCAAAUUCCCCGUCUUGAACAACCAGGCAGAAUACGAAGCCCUCAUAGGGGGCUUAACCCUAGCAGCAAAAGUCGGAGCAACAAGGCUGGAAAUAUGCAACGAUUCGCAGGUCGUCACCUCCCAGGUAAACGGGAGCUAUCAAGCCAGAGACUCAUUAUUACAAAAGUACUUGGAAAAAGUCAAGGAUUUAAGCCAAAAGUUUGAGGAGGUCACGGUCCACCACGUGCCCAGAGAAAGGAACACACGGGCAGAUCUCCUAUCAAAAUUGGCCAGCACUAAACCGGGAGAAGGCAACCGAUCUCUCAUCCAAGGUAUGACGAGGGAGCCGGCGGUCACCCUGCAUCUAUCAAGGCUGGGUUCUUCAUGGCUAGACCCCAUCACCGGCUUCUUAGAAAAUGGCAAACUCCCCGACGACGAAAAGGAUGCCGCGAAACUGAGAAGGGAAGCAGCCAAAUACGCAGUCAUUCAAGGACAGCUAUUCAAUAAAGGGCUCAACCAGCUCCUACUGAAAUGCUUACACCCCGACCAGACGGACUACGUCCUCAGGGAAGUCCAUGAAGGCUGCUGUGGACAUCACAUAGGGGGCAAAGCCUUAGCAAGAAAGUUAGUCCGGGCCGGGUACUAUUGGCCAUCAAUGAUGGCAGACUCUAAAGAAUUCGUCAGGAAAUGCACCAAGUGUCAAGAGAACGCCAAUUUUCACAGGACACCGGCCUCCGAGCUAAGCCUGUUAACGGCCUCCCGACCAUUCGCACAAUGGGGAGUCGAUCUCCUGGGACCUUUCCCAGUUGGCCCCGGACAAGUCAAUGUCCUGUUCUGUCGUGUCUCUAUAAACAAACGCUACCUUAUAGUCGCCAUUGACUACUACACCAAAUGGAUAGAGGCCGAGCCGCUGGCCAGCAUAUCCUCGUCCAAUUGCAGAAAAUUCAUGUGGAGGCAGGUGAUAACGCGAUUCGGGAUCCCGGAGAUCGUUAUCUCAGACAACGGCACACAGUUUACCGACAAGAAGUUCACGGAGUUCCUCACCGGCCUGCAGGUGGAGUCCGCGAACAAGAUUAUCCUGUUAGGGCUAAAGAAGCGACUAGAUAAUAAAGAAGGUGCUUGGGCAGACGAGCUCGCCUCGGUCCUCUGGUCUUACCAAACAACCGAGCAGUCCUCCACCAAGGAGACCCCCUACCGACUAACAUACGGGUUAGACGCAGUAAUACCCGUAGAGGUCGGGGAACCGAGCCCGCGACUACUUCUGAAAGGAGUAGGGGAAGCCGUGGAGAAGGACCUGAUAGACUAA